GUCGGAGAAACGGGAUUAGGGCCAUCACAACAGUUCUCCACAUCCAGCGGCAUUACGCAGUGAAGUCUCUGUGCCUCACUUCGGUUUGCUCCCCCCAAGCAUAUACAACCUCUCUGCGGUCUGCCAGUGGCUUUCAGAUCUGAGAUAAAUCGGUCUCUGUGACUGUUUUCUGCACGCUUCGAGGAUCUGAGAAGGUUAUCGAAGUGAACUUGUGCAUCUCAUCCGAAAACACGAAGAGGCAUGGAGAAAUCUUGUUCCCUGCUUGUUCACUUUGACAAAGGAACGCCCGCCAUUGCAAAUGAGAUCAAGGAAGCGCUUGAAGGGAAUGACGUUCCCGCCAAGGUUGAUGCCAUGAAGAAAGCAAUCAUGCUUCUGUUGAACGGGGAAACCCUGCCUCAACUUUUCAUCACUAUAGUAAGAUAUGUUUUGCCUUCUGAGGACCACACAAUUCAAAAGUUGUUACUUCUUUACUUGGAGAUCAUUGAUAAAACUGAUGGAAAAGGACGGGUAUUACCAGAAAUGAUCUUGAUAUGCCAAAAUUUGAGGAACAAUCUUCAGCACCCAAACGAGUACAUUCGUGGUGUAACAUUGAGGUUUCUCUGUCGGUUGAAUGAGGUAGAGAUUGUUGAGCCUUUGAUACCUUCUGUUUUGGCAAACUUAGAGCAUCGCCACCCUUUUAUUAGAAGGAAUGCCAUUCUUGCAGUGAUGUCAAUUUAUAAGCUUCCACAAGGUGAGCAUCUCUUGGCUGAUGCACCAGAGAUGAUUGAGAAGGUUCUUUUGUCAGAGCAGGAUCAAUCAGCCAAGAGGAAUGCUUUCCUCAUGCUUUUUAAUUGUUCUCAGGAUCGGGCUAUUAAUUACCUUUUGACCCACGUUGAUAGAGUGUCUGAAUGGGGUGAGUUGCUUCAAAUGGUUGUAUUAGAGUUGAUCCGUAAAGUAUGUAGAACAAAUAAGGGAGAAAAAGGAAGGUACAUAAAGAUCAUUAUAUCUCUGUUGAAUGCCCCUUCAAGUGCAGUUAUUUAUGAGUGUGCCAGCACUCUUGUUUCUUUAUCAUCUGCCCCUACAGCUAUUAGAGCUGCAGCUAAUACUUACUGUCAGCUUCUACUUUCUCAAAGUGACAACAAUGUUAAGCUUAUUGUGCUUGAUCGCCUUAAUGAACUUAAAUCUGCUCAUAGAGAGAUUAUGGUUGAUCUUAUAAUGGAUGUGCUUAGGGCACUUUCAAGCCCAAACAUUGACAUCAGGAGAAAAACACUUGACAUAAUUCUUGAAUUGAUCACUCCCCAAAGUGUCAACGAGGUUGUUCUUACUUUGAAGAAGGAAGUUGUUAAGACUCAAAGUGGGGAGCUAGAGAAGAAUGCGGAAUUCAGGCAAAUGCUUAUUCAAGCUAUUCAUUCUUGUGCAAUCAAGUUCCCUGAAGUUGCAGGCACUGUGGUUCAUUUGUUGAUGGAUUUUUUGGGAGACAGCAACAUUGCUUCAGCUAUGGAUGUUGUUGUCUUUGUACGGGAGAUAAUAGAAACCAACCCAAAAUUAAGGGUUUCUAUUGUAACAAGGUUGCUGGAUAUUUUCUAUCAGAUCCGUGCAGCACGGGUCUGCUCCUGUGCUCUUUGGAUCAUUGGAGAGUACUGUCUGUCUCUUUCAGAAGUUGAGAGUGGUAUUGCAACCAUCAAACAGUGCCUUGGAGACUUACCCUUUUACUCGGCCACAGAAGAAGAGGAAAGUAAUGACUCUUCUAAGAAGUCUCAGCAAGUUAAUGCCAUAACUGUUUCCUCUAGAAGGCCUGCAAUUCUUGCUGAUGGGACUUAUGCUACUCAGAGUGCUGCAUCUGAAACUGCCCUCUCCCCACCUACUAUUGUGCAAGGAUCCUUGGCUUCUGGGAAUUUGCGAUCCCUUCUUCUCACUGGUGACUUUUUCCUUGGGGCUGUUGUGGCCUGCACACUGACAAAACUUGUCUUAAGACUGGAGGAGGUUCAACCAUCAAAAGUUGAAGUGAACAAAGUGUUGACCCAGGCAUUACUGAUUAUGGUUUCUAUGUUACAACUAGGACAAUCUUCCGCCCUUUCGCAUCCAAUUGAUAAUGAUUCCAAUGAUAGGAUUGUCCUUUGCAUAAGAUUGUUGUGCAACACUGGAGAUGAAGUCAGGAAGAUAUGGCUGCAGUCUUGCCGUGAGAGUUUUGUGAAAAUGCUGUCAGAUAAACUGUUAAGAGAAACAGAGGAAAUUAAAGCUAAAGCUCAGAUUUCUCAUGCACAACCAGAUGAUCUCAUUGACUUCUACCAUUUGAAGAGUAGGCGGGGUAUGAGCCAGCUUGAGUUGGAAGAUGAGGUCCAAGAUGAUUUAAAACGUGCUACUGGAGAAUUCGUCAAGGACAGAGAUGAUGCAAAUAAGCUAAAUCGUAUUCUUCAACUCACUGGAUUUAGUGACCCAGUCUAUGCUGAAGCUUAUGUCACAGUUCAUCAUUAUGAUAUUGUCCUUGAUGUUACUGUAAUUAAUCGAACUAAGGAGACCCUACAGAAUUUAUGUUUGGAAUUGGCAACUAUGGGUGAUCUUAAACUUGUUGAUCGUCCACAAAACUAUACAUUGGCUCCUGAAUCAAGCAAGCAGAUAAAGGCUAACAUUAAGGUGUCCUCAACUGAGACUGGAGUUAUUUUUGGGAACAUUGUCUUUGAAACUUCAAAUGUGCUUGAGCGGACAGUUAUUGUGCUGAAUGAUAUCCACAUUGACAUCAUGGAUUACAUCUCUCCUGCAGUUUGCAAUGAUGCAGCUUUCAGAACAAUGUGGGCCGAGUUUGAGUGGGAAAACAAGGUUGCUGUCAACACUGUAAUUCAAGAUGAGAAACAAUUCCUUGACCACAUUAUCAAAUCAACCAACAUGAAGUGCCUCACUGCACCGUCGGCACUGGAUGGUGAGUGUGGCUUCUUGGCUGCUAAUUUGUAUGCAAAGAGCGUGUUUGGAGAGGAUGCUCUAGUAAAUGUUAGCAUCGAGAAACAAGCAGACGGAAAGCUUGGUGGGUAUAUUAGGAUAAGGAGCAAGACUCAGGGGAUAGCUCUUAGCUUGGGGGACAAGAUCACUCUCAAGCAGAAGGGAGGCAGUUGAUCUGCCAUGGAUUGCAGGUUCUUGCACCUAAAUGGGAAACUUAUAUUGAAAGCUCUAGCAGCUGCAAUCAUGCUUUUAGGAGACAAUGUUGCAUGCUCUCUUCUGUCUGAAUCUCCAGGUUGGAUGUUCAAAAGAGAUAAUUUUAUCAACUGGGGGAGAUUUUUGAUAGGAAGCUUCCACAGGAAUAACCUGCUCUGUUAAAUUGGCUUGUCUUGAAGAGGAGUUUUUCUUGGCUCAAUCUUAUGUUUGUAGUUCACAUUAGCUCAUUUGUCGGAUGGGAUUUAAGGUCCGGUUUUACACCCAUCUUUUGAGGAGUGAAUUUAUAUCGGUGCUGGUGUCCUGUCUCUUUUGUUGAUACGACAAUUAUUCUUGAUGUAUACUGUAUUUCCUCUCUCUCUCUCUCUCUCUCUCUAUAUAUAUAUAUAUAUAUAUAUACAUGGCAAAGUGGCGGCAGCCACUGUGGGUGUAUUUACGAUUUUUUGCUGCUUACUAGAUUUAAUUGGCAAAAUUGACUUCA